AUGGCUCUGACAGCUGAUGACAUCAUCAAGUUUCUUUUUGCCAUUCUUCUUCCGCCCAUCGGAGUUUUUCUGGAAACUGGAUGUGACUAUCAUUUGGCCAUCUGCAUCCUGCUAACAAUUCUCGGAUACAUUCCUGGUAUUAUCUAUGCAAUUUUCGUGAUUGUCGAAAAGUAA